AUGCCGGUAAAGAAAAAGAAGAGCAAAUGCACGGGUGAAAGACCGACAUGCUCAUUCUGCGGACGACUAAAUCAACUAUGUACUUACCGAUCUCUUGAGCCAGUAAGAACUGCUGCAAGAAAAAGCAGUAGAGUCAACAAGAGUGCCCAAAGGGAUGAUUUACAGGAACGGUUCCAGAUGCUGGAGUCACAAGUGAAGGGUAUUUAUGAGUUGCUUCAACCAUCGUCAGCCUCAGCUACGGGCCCCGGGCCCUCUCCAAGUACUUCUGCAAGUGUUCCAUCUACAAGUUUGCAAGCAGAGUACAGCGCAAGUCCUGGCAUGACCUCGCCGCCGCCGAUAGACACAAUCUUUGAUGUGAACAAUCCAGAUGUACCGUCAGAGGUUUUGGGUCAUCUUAUAGAGAUCUAUCGUGUGAAACUACACCUCCAGCCUUUGCAACUUUUCAACAUAGCCGAACUCAGGGGCACUCUUAAUUCGGCACCUCAAUAUCUUCUCUACAGCUUCCUGGCGCUCACUGUGCGGUAUAGCGUGCAUGACUUCUUCAGUGACAAUAGAUCCAAGGCGGUUGAGUUGUAUGGCAGCUCCGCACAGCAGGAGGUCGCCAUCCUUGCUUCUCAGGGAAUUCCUAAGCUUGAGAUUGUUCAAGCCUUAUGCUUACUUGUCCUAGUUGAUGUCGCAGCAUGUAAACCAGGCCGAGCGUGGAUGAGCAUCGGAACCAUGUCCCGACUGGAGGCUCUCCGAAAGUUAUCCCAGAGUUCUUUCUACGAAUCAUCGCCCGAACUUGAAGCCAGCCUGAGAUGCCACUGGACCGUUGCUCUUCUAGAGCAAACAUUCAUGCCUCAAGAGCGUAGCCGUAUAUACGACGAUGACGAACACAGAUACCCAGCCAGCGCCCACCGGCCACCGUCACUUCCGCCCACGAAUGAUGGCGAGUGCCCUCCAGAUCUCUUCUCAGACGACGCAUCCGAGGAUCUAGGAGUUACGGCAUAUUACAUCAACGUUAUCGAGAUGUGGGGUCACCUCUCAUCAUACAUGCAUCAGGUCAGAAUCGGGAAAGCAGAGACAGCAUGGUCACCCGGUUCGAUGCACUACAUCCUCUGCGCAGAGCUUUACAAACACGAAACCAAACUUCCUCAUAGCCAUCUGCUGAGAAACGUCCAUUUUACUAAAAGAAUGGCCGCCGAGCUUCAGGACCAGCGCGAGUACUGGAUACCGUGGCUUCUCAUGCAAGUUGUUACUCACGCCAUCACAGCUAUUCUACAUCAUCCUUUCAUCCACCUUGUAGCUAUGCGAGAUAGAUCGAGUGGACUUCAGGCCCGUUCCUUUUUGCAGCAAACUGUUGAUCAGGCUCUAUUUAAUUCAGCGUGGGUGUUCAAACUCCUACGUCUAUGCGAGGAGCUGCGCUUCGAGGUCUGUGAUCCUUUAGUAGGGCAACUUGUAGCAGUAGUCGCAACGAUCCCUUGGUUAUUCCAACGUGCGAUUGAUCCGAAGGUCGCGGAAAAAGCAAAAGGCGAUCUAGAGUGGUGCAAAGGGUUCUUGGAGAGGCUGUCAUCAACAUGGCCGCACAUUAUGCAAAAGCUCGAAUUACUACAGAGCUUGGACUCUACCGCGGAUAAUAGCUCACAGCCGCCAGCUGGUAAGGGCAUCUCUAUUGUCUUCCAUCCAGCUCUGUUCUGGGCUCUGGUAGAUCCCAAGAUCAGCCAGAUGACGCCGCUAUACGGAGAAAGUUCAAGUCGUCCGCAAGAUGCUAUCAUUCGCAUCUCGACGCAUUAUAUCCACCCCUUGACUGAGACACAGGUAAGCCAGUUGGCACCAAGCCAAAGAGAGGAGUCAUUUGAUCCAUUCAUGUUUGAUGUUGGGGAGCUUGAGGAAGUGAAUUUGAACGAUAUCUUUUCGCAAUUCAUGCCAGACAUAUAUGACAUACAGUAA